GUCCACUGACAGCCUCCAGGCAGCCGGCACUCGCGUUCUCUCUCCCCCCGAGCGGAGCUGCGGGGCCGGCCGGGCGGGGGCGGACCCCGGGAACCCGGACGCGGCCGCCCGGGCCCGCGGGCGGGGGGACCGGCGGGGGGUGAACGGCAGCUAGGGCAGCCACCAUGGAGUUCCGCCAGGAGGAGUUUCGGAAGCUAGCGGGUCGCGCCCUCGGGAGGCUGCACCGCCUUCUGGAGAAGCGGCAGGAAGGUGCAGAGACGCUGGAGCUGAGUGCUGACGGGCGCCCUGUCACGACGCAGACCCGGGACCCGCCGGUCGUGGACUGCACCUGCUUUGGCCUCCCUCGCCGCUACAUUAUCGCCAUUAUGAGCGGUUUGGGCUUCUGCAUCAGCUUUGGCAUCCGCUGCAACCUGGGCGUGGCCAUUGUCUCCAUGGUCAACAACAGCACGACCCAUCGCGGGGGCCACGUGGUGGUGCAGAAAGCUCAGUUCAACUGGGAUCCAGAGACUGUUGGCCUUAUACACGGCUCCUUUUUCUGGGGCUACAUUGUCACCCAGAUUCCCGGAGGAUUUAUCUGCCAAAAAUUCGCCGCCAACAGGGUUUUCGGCUUUGCUAUUGUGGCUACAUCCACUCUAAACAUGCUGAUCCCCUCGGCUGCCCGUGUCCACUAUGGCUGUGUCAUCUUCGUGAGGAUCCUGCAGGGGUUGGUAGAGGGUGUCACAUACCCAGCCUGUCACGGGAUCUGGAGCAAAUGGGCCCCUCCUUUAGAGCGGAGUCGCUUGGCGACAACAGCCUUUUGCGGUUCCUAUGCUGGGGCGGUGGUCGCGAUGCCUCUCGCAGGGGUUCUGGUGCAGUACUCAGGAUGGAGCUCUGUGUUCUACGUCUACGGCAGCUUCGGGAUUUUUUGGUACCUGUUCUGGUUGCUCGUCUCCUAUGAGUCCCCGGCGCUGCACCCCAGCAUUUCAGAGGAGGAACGCAAGUACAUCGAGGAAGCCAUCGGCGAGAGCGCCAAACUCAUGAACCCCGUCACGAAGUUCAACACACCCUGGAGGCGCUUCUUUACGUCCAUGCCAGUCUACGCCAUCAUCGUUGCCAAUUUCUGCCGCAGCUGGACUUUCUACCUGCUCCUUAUCUCCCAGCCUGCCUACUUCGAAGAAGUGUUCGGCUUUGAGAUUAGCAAGGUAGGCCUGGUGUCAGCUUUGCCCCACCUGGUCAUGACCAUCAUCGUGCCCAUCGGCGGUCAGAUAGCUGACUUCCUGAGGAGCCGCCGCAUCAUGUCCACAACCAACGUGCGAAAAUUGAUGAACUGUGGGGGCUUCGGCAUGGAAGCCACGCUGCUGCUGGUGGUCGGUUACUCGCACUCCAAGGGUGUGGCCAUCUCCUUCCUGGUCCUUGCCGUGGGCUUCAGCGGCUUCGCCAUAUCUGGUUUCAACGUGAACCACCUGGACAUUGCUCCGCGCUAUGCCAGCAUCCUCAUGGGCAUCUCCAAUGGCGUGGGCACGUUGUCGGGCAUGGUGUGCCCCAUCAUCGUGGGCGCGAUGACCAAGCACAAGACUCGGGAGGAGUGGCAGUACGUGUUCCUAAUUGCUUCCCUGGUGCACUAUGGGGGUGUCAUCUUCUACGGGGUUUUUGCUUCUGGAGAGAAGCAGCCGUGGGCAGAGCCUGAGGAGAUGAGUGAAGAGAAGUGUGGCUUUGUUGGCCAUGACCAGCUGGCUGGCAGCGAUGAAAGCGAAAUGGAGGAUGAGGCUGAGCCCCCGGGGGCACCCCCUGCUCUCCCCCCCUCAUAUGGAGCCACACACAGCACAGUUCAGCCCCCAAGACCCCCACCCCCUGUCCGGGACUACUGACCAUGUGCCUCACACUGAAUGGCAGUUUCCAGGACCUCCAUUCCAUAUAUCUUUGGCCUGAGUGACAGUGUCAAGGAACCCCAGUCCUCGCUGUCCUGCCACAGGCCUAAGAAGCACUCUCCCUUGUUCCCAGUGCGGUCAAGUCCACUUCCCUUCCCAAUUGCCUCUCAGGGGUAGUGAAGCUGCAGACUGGCAGUUUCCAGGAUACCCAAAUUCCCCUAAAGGUUCCCUUCUCCACUUGUUCUGCCUCAGUGAUUUCAAAUCUCUGUUUUCAGGGCUUUAUUUGAAUGAACAGUUCAAUCUCUCCCUUUUGCGGUUUUCAGGCACCUCUCCCCUUUCCUUUAACUCCAAGGACCCUGAGAUUACUCAUCCUCCCUUCCCCUUUCAGAAAAACUAAGGUCUUCCUCUAGAAGUUUCAAAUUUCUCCUAACUCUAUUCUGCAUUUUCCAGGUUGGUUAACCAAUCACCCAUCCCACCAUUCUAGAGAUUGAUUCUCACCAGCGUUUCUGAGGGAAAAUGGUGGUUUCAACCCUCCCCCCAACACACACACAUCUCUUCACCCCACCCCACCCCCUCUUCCACCAGCAGAUUCUGCUAAAGCACCAAAUCCCCCAGACCUUCUCCCUAGCUUAGCACAAUGUCUAGGGAAACAACCAAAAUGGCGAUUUUAUCAUAUGCCUCUCUCCACCCCCAUGCACUUUUUCUGACACGGUUUUCAGGUCUAAAUAAUGGCUGCUAAAGUUCACCAACUUGAUAGUUUGAAGCCAUUGAAUUUCCCCAUGGUGGUUUCAAGAUGUCCCUCUUCCCCCCAGUUCCUUGCACUUUAUUCUCCUGGGUGGUUUCAAACUACCCUCAUUUUCUCAGUGGCCAUUUGUUGUGUCCCUCAGGGGCUAAGUGACUCAAAAUCUGGGAUCCUGCCCCUCUCAAAUGCCCCUAUUUUGGCUUAGAAUUUUGGGGAACAUAUAUAGUAGAUGUCACAGAAUCCCAGGAAAGGGAACGGGGCCGGGGGAGAGGGAUGUUUUUCCCGGGGCAGGGUUGUGUCUUUGUGUCUUUGUUUCUGUGACUGUAAAUCCUGCCCUGCCCCGCUCCCAAUAAAAUGCUUUGGUGUACACAUCCA